AUGUCUACCACCACCCAAUUCACCAUGUCCCAAUGGACCGGCAUCGAAAUCGUCGCCAACCUCAAAGACCUCCCAUCCAACAGAACCGAAGCCAAAGCCGCCGUCUGCCAGAUAAUCCGGUACUACACCCUCAAGAUCGUCGCCGCAACCGGCUGCAACACAUUCCUCAUCACAAUCGGCUACUACAAACCAACAAAAACAUGGCGUCUGAACCUCAAGGCCCGCGAGCUCCUCGUCACCGAACUCGGCGAUACAUGGCAGGGCGAGAUCACCGCCCGCCUACGCGGCAGCAAGUGGAUUGACGUGGACUCCAUCCGCACCCGCGACAUCCACGCCCCGCGCUUCGCUGAUGCGGAUGAGUGGAAGCACCUCGCGGACAAGAGGGGGAACUGGCGCGGGGUCUCGAACUUCACGUAUUACCGCGGGGUUCCUUUUCUCCUAAUGAAGAACGGGACCCUCUAUACAAAUGAGGCGACCAGGCUUGGUGAGCUGCGGAUGGAGAAGCUCGCGGAUGAUAUCCAGGGCGUUGGACUCACGCCCAUGCGGCUCUGGGAUGGGCGGACUGACAGCGCUAGCAGUUUGUUGCACGUCAUGGAGAAGCUCUCGCCUAGGAACCGGGAGGAGCGCGAGGCCAGGGCGGAGGAGGCCAGGAGGCUGAACCGCAUUGCCCAUGGUGGUAGUGGUUCUAGUGGUGAGGACAGUGACUCUGACAGCAGGAGUGUUCAUUGGGAACACCCAGGGCUGUGA